CUAUCGAAAAGGGCAGAAGCAACGGGCUGGGUCGCUCGUCUAGAAGCUAGACGUUAGUUCUGCAGUUUGUUACGCGCGCGAGUUUUUGCCAGAGAGAGAGAGAGAGAGAGAGAGAGAGAGAGAGAGAGAGAGAGAGGAGAGAGAGAGAGAGAGAAAGAGACGACAGCGAGUUGUCUCGAGCGCGCAUAAGCGCUCUGGCUAGCGCUCUGGCUAGCGCUCUUGUAAGAAAAAUAUCGUAUAGUCGAACUCUAAGGGGUUGGUUGAACGCGUCUUCUCUUUUUUCCCCCACCUAUUUCUUUUCGACAUGUGACGCGACGGUGUUCGACGACGUUUCGUCGAACGACGUCUGACAUCGUCCUGCAAUAUCUUGAGGACUUACGCGUCUUUCGACGACGUCGUCGUCGUCGUCGUCGUCGUCGUCGUCGUCGUCGUCGUCGUCAUUGUCAUCAUCAUCAUCAUCAUCAUCAUCAUCAUCAUCAUCAUCAUCGUCGUUUUCGUUGUCGUUGUCGUUAUCGCCGUUCUUUACCGCGGUCGACCACGUGGUGGUGAACGAGCCUCGUAUCGAGGAGGUUUACUUUAUGCUCGGCCGAAUGUCGUCACACAAGAAACAGAAGGAGUCAAGGAGAAGGUAGAAGAAAAAGAAUUUCAUUUUCUUGAGUAGGAGACUGACGGUAUGGGUCUGCCGCGUUUGUCGUUGAAGAGAUGCUUCCUUUACGUGUUUUGUUUGACGGGGAUGUUGCUGGUCCUUAUGAACGUACGUCAAAAGGAGAUCUGGCAUGCGAUGAGAUCAGAUCCAGUUCAAGUGCAAGUGCAAUCUCUUCGCGUACUUGGAGACACGACCAAGUCGCAGAUGAAACAUGAUUGGCCUUUGAAAUCGAAGAAGUCGACGAUACGGAUAAUGCAAACGAUUCGAGAGACGAUCAAGAGAAAAGACGUAAAUAACGAGCUGAAUUCGACUGGGACGACGAUCUUGUCGGAAAAUUCGGUAGUUUCUCUGGCUCCAUCGAGAAGACCGUGGUAUAUGAAAGGUGGAACAAGAAGACCAUAUCCGGCUAUCAAAUCUCGUCAUACUGGCCGAAGAUUAGCACGUUUGUGGCCUGAAGAGGAUACUUACGAUGACCGUGUGACUAAUCAAUUGAUGUUUUUGCCGCCUGAUUACAAUCGAACAGAAGAGCAUAGAUUUAAAAAAAUUAUGGUACCUCAUGGUAUGGGAGAGGCCAAAGUUGGUUCAGAUAUUUUCGUUCAACAUCGUUGUCCUGUUAACACGUGUACCAUCGUUCGUGACAAUCCAAAUGAGGCUGAUUUAAUUUUAUUCAAAGAUUAUGUAACAUAUGUGGGACGAAGACCCCGUAAUCAGGUUUGGAUGCUGUAUUUUUUAGAAUGUCCUUAUCACACGCAAAGCGUGAAAAAUGCUCUAAUCAAUUGGACGGCGACUUAUCGUCGUGACAGUGACAUAGUUGCACCCUACGAAAGGUGGCAAUAUUACGAUUCUAGUGUCAAACAAAUAUCUCAAACUUUUAAUUACUCUGCUAAUAAAACAAAAAAGGUCGCCUGGUUUGUUUCCAACUGUCAUCCACGAAAUCAACGUAUGCAUUAUGCCAAGGAACUGUCCAAGUACAUUCAAGUAGACAUUUACGGUGCCUGCGGUACAUUACGUUGUCCUCGUUCACAGUCGCAAACUUGUUUCGACAUGUUAGAUGAGGACUACAAAUUUUAUCUCGCAUUUGAGAAUUCCAAUUGCAAGGACUAUAUAACAGAAAAGUUCUUCGUGAACGGGCUUGGGCACAAUGUUUUACCAAUCGUGAUGGGAGCACAUCCAAGCGAUUAUGCACGAAGUGCACCCUACAGAUCCUACAUCCACGUGGACGAAUUCGAAUCGCCAAAAGAAUUGGCAACUUAUCUUCAUCGUUUGGAUAACGACGACGAACUUUACAAUUCGUAUUUUCGAUGGAAAGGCACGGGAGAAUUUAUUAACACAUUUUUUUGGUGUCGAGUAUGCGCCAUGUUGCACGACGAUCGUCCUGCCAAAUUUUAUAAGGACGUUAACGAAUGGUGGAGGGGCGAAGGUGUUUGUACGACUAGUUCUUGGCGUGAACAAGAAAGAUCGAAAAAAACACGCUUGAGGAACACCUGAGAACGUUAACUAAACGUUCUUCUUAAAAUAAUCUAAAAAAUAACUUUCGGAAUUUUUCCUAUUCUCUAAAAUUCUGAAUCCUUGUUGAUGUGGGAAGAUCGAUUCUCUCGUCAUCAUCGUAAAUAAGGGAUUUGAAAACGAAGAAAACUAUCAAACAAUCACGACGAAUUGUGAUUAAUUCGUCCAAGGUUCGAAUAAUGUUAGAUUAUAUAUUCGCGCGUUAUGGUCUGAUUACAUAUCGUAUACGCAUGGAUCUUAAUGAUCAAGAAUUGUCGUCAAAUUAUUAAUACGUAUUAAUUACGUCGUCGUCGUCGUCGUCGUCGUCGUCGUCGUCGUCGUCGUCGUCGUCGUCGUCGUCGUCGUAUCGUAUGGAAAUGCCGUCUAGUUGGAAUUGCAAACAUUGACUCGUAUCACUAGAACCUUUCUUCUUUCAUCUGAUCAUCAUCUAGUCAAAGAAAAUGAUCCUUGAAUUGUUUCGUAUUGUCAUAUGCAAAAAGUAAUAUUAAGAAUAAGUAAUUGAAUUAUUUAAUCUUACGUUUAUGCUUCGUUUAUUUUCAUGUAUUUUUAAAUGAUGCUUAAUUGAGUCUUUAUGAAAAUCAGUAUGAUUCCUUUUCGAUCUUUUGAUACGAUAUUAUUGUGUGAUUUAAGUGUUCAAAUUUCUUCAAUUACAAUUUGAGGAAUGAGAAUACAUACUUGUUACGAAAUAUAGGCUUGGAAUUAGAUGAGAUUAUAUCAGAUUGGUAUAAUAUAUCUAGGACGAAAAAGUGAGAUAACUUAUUAUUAUUAUAUUAACUAUAUGAUUUGAAUUUUUUAGCGAGACUACAAUUUAGUCUAGUUAACUUAAAGAAAUAAAAUAAAAAGAAGAAAUUUAACCUAACGGAUAUAAAUUUCUAUCGUCGAGUUAUUUUGAUAGGCGAUAAGGGUCGUAUGUCGCUUUCUUCUAGGUUCCUACGAUAUUAAUAUUUAAUAUAAUAUACUGUGCGCACAAGCAGCUUAGGUAUUAGAACAAAUUGAUGCCGAAUAUAUUAAAAUAGAUGUACCAAAGCAAUCAACCAAAUAUUGAUAAAAGCAGCAUGACAAAUUCUAGUACCUUUGCCUUGGGGUAAAACCAAAAAAAAAAAAAAAAACAAAGAGAAGAAGGAAUAAAAUAGUUAUUUUAUAAAAAUAUAUAUAUAAUUGAAAGAGUAACGUGACUAAUGCAAGUGCUCGCGUUUUAGUAUUCAAUCGUAUUUGCAAUAAUAACUUCUGUUAUUACGUUAUCAUUUAAAUAUUACAUUUUUAUUGUAUUUUUUCUUACUCGUUGAUUUUUUUUUUAUUUUCCAUUAACUUCAAACAUACCAUUUUGUUAAUUUAUUUGUUGUUCAAUUAUAUCAUCGUAUAUUUAUAUAAAUAAGUACAUCGAAGAAUCCCAUCGAGUUUUGUUAAGUAAUAAAGUAGUAAUCUUUCGAUAGUAGUGAUAGAAAUAAUAGUAGUAGUAGUAGUGUAGUAGUAGUAUUACAAUAGUAAUAGUGCGAACAAAAUUUCUUUCAUCGAUCUUUACCAUUUGUGUUUCUUAUCAUUCCUCUCUCAUAAAGUUGGUGCUGCUUUAUAAUUGGUGCUGAUGUACGGUUUAUGUGUGGAAUAGAAUAUACAAACGAUAUGUGUAAGAAAAAUAAGUAACAAAAGAAAAAGAAAAAGAAAAAUAACAAAAACAACAAAUACAACAAAAUUGAAAUGCAUAGAACGUACGCGCGUAUAUUUGCGAUUUAGUAUAAUAAAUAAAUAAAUAAAUACCACGAUGUUAUUAUAUAUUAGGAUAAUUAUUUAUUGAAGUGAUCACACACACACACACACACACACACACACACAAACACACUCGCUGCGAGAGAUUAGAUAGGGCUAUUAUUUGUAUAUAUAUACAAUUAAAUAAAUAAAUAAUUAUAUAUAUAAAUAAUAUAUGAUAGUUGGUACGCGUCUGUCGUUUUAUUCGUUGUAUAGUAAGAAGUAAAAAAGGAAAAAAAAGAAAGAAAAUCGAAAAUGAAGGAGACUCUAUAUAUAAUAAAUAUAGAAUUAUUUAUAUUUAAUGUAGAGAAAUACGUUAUCGUAUUCCUAAGUAAAUAAUAUGUGGAAUUUGUCGGACGACGAAUAUCGUAUCGGUAUCAUCACUCGUUCUCGUAAUAUCGUCGUGUCGAAUAUCGAAUUGAUAUAAUUUCAUACAUAAUUUAUAUUUCUUGAAAAAAAAAAAAAAAAAAAAAAAAAA